CGGGUUCAGAGUUGAAAGACAAGCAGCACUGCGGCUGUGCAGCAUGGCGGUGCUAGUGGGACGCAGAGCCCUAAUGCAAGCUUUCCAUGUGCAGGCAGCGGGUCGGAACAGCUCGGCCAGGUUGGCAACUGUCCUUCCCUGCUUCAGACACUCCUGGAAAGUGUCCGGGGGGCACGGAGCAGUCACACGACCGUACAGCUCCGACUCGAAGGAUGACCUGCGCGUCAGAUACCUGGACGGAGAAGACAGUGGUAUUGUUGUUGUUGGGAUGAAUCGACCCAAAGCCAAAAAUGCCAUAAGCAGAAAUCUUGUCAAAAUGAUGUUUGACGCUGUGGAGGACAUCAAGAAGAAUAACAAAGUGCGCAGUGUCAUCUUUUGCAGUUUGGUUCCUGGUAUCUUCUGUGCAGGUGCAGACCUGAAGGAGAGGGCCAAGAUGCAACAGUCUGAAGUGGGUGCGUUUGUAUCCAAAGCAAGAGCCCUCAUCACAGAGCUGGGUAACCUGCCAGUACCAACAAUCGCUGCAAUAGAUGGAGCUGCCUUAGGAGGAGGCUUGGAAAUGGCCCUUGCUUGUGACAUCAGAAUUGCCUCAAAUACAGCAAAAAUGGGACUCGUUGAGACUAAACUCGCAAUUAUUCCUGGAGCAGGUGGCACACAGCGUCUCCCUAGGGUAAUUGGUGUGUCUCUUGCUAAGGAACUCAUUUUUGCUGCCCGGGUAGUGGAUGGAACAGAGGCAUGCCGCCUGGGUCUCGUCAGUCAUUCUGUGGAGCAGAAUAAUAGUGCCGAUGCUGCUUAUCUACGAGCUUUAGAACUUGCCCGUGAGAUCAACCCUCAGGGUCCAAUUGCAAUAAGGAUGGCAAAACUGGCUAUCAACCAGGGGAUAGAGGUGGAUUUAUCAACAGGUCUGGCAAUUGAAGAGGCAUGCUAUGCCCAGGUGAUCCCAACUAAAGACCGACUGGAAGGUUUGGCCGCUUUCAAGGAAAAGAGGCGUCCUCACUACAAGGGAGAGUGAAGUCUUUAAAACAAUCAGAGUUCUGCCUUCAGGUCUUCUAUUGUUCCUCUGCUUCCAACAUAUUUAUGGGUGAAACUGUACACAACAACACAUUAAGCUGUACAGUACCCAGGGGACGUCUGUUUAACAGCAGAACAUCGGGGUUCAUCAUGGCUGGUGUUUUUGCCACUAACUAAAUGAUUAAAGUGUAAAGUACUUGAUAGGUGUACUAACAGACUGUUUUAGAAUUUGCAGAAAUCAAGUAAACUAACAAAGGACUGGCCUAUAACAUGCAAACAACAACAAAAUCUAAAACAUUAAUUCUCUUGAAAUGGUUAAUGCUAUUUGCAAUAUGAUUGGCUGAAUGUCCAUAAAGCUCUGAAUCCCACACAUAAAUGAUGCAUCAUAAGGUUUGUUGUUUUUUUCUUUUGAUAGAAAUAUACUCCUGUGUUCAGAAGCAUUGUAUGUGCAUGAAAUCUUAACACAGUCUAUCCCGUUUUUCAAUAAUAAAACACUACAGAUGCAUUAAUUCAGCUGCUAAUCAAAGACGUGAGUCAUCAAAAUGAUAUUCAGGUGACUACAUUGGAACAAGAAUCAUAUGUUUCUCCAUCGCUACAUCUGUCUAUAGUGCAGUUGGAAAUGUCAGUAAAUUUGGGGAUUUGAAUGACUAUUUUCACGCAUCUCCCAUCUUUUGGAGUUGCUAGUAAUUAAGAUAUUUGCAAAGAAUUGAAAAAUUGAAGUGUAUCUCUUCAGUGAGGCUCUCCUCAAAACUCUUACGAAAUGUAGGUUGCUCACUAAAGAAUCACUUACUUUCUUUUCCCAGAGCUUUCAAUCGCACUCUGCAGUUUUCAACAGUGGAUAGUGCUCAUUCAGUUGACACUUGAUGGUUAUUUGCUCAUGGAGACUGACCACUAAUAUAGAUCAUUAGAUUUAAUCAAAAAAGUGAAGCUGGGGCUUUUUCUCCAGAUGUGUGAUAUUCUUUUCUAUACACAUAUUUGCCUCAGCACUCCAAACUCUAGUGCACACAAGAAAUAAAAAUAAUGGGACCUUACAGGACUUCAGAGACUCUGUGCUUUUCAAUAUAUGGUCCAGUCUUAGUUGUAUCCACACAGAUAGAAAUGGUCAUUGUCGUAAAUCAUUUCAAUGAAAUAUCUCUGAGUUGCCUUUUCUUCUGUACAAUGUGUUGUAGUCUUCACAGAUGCUUUUGUAAUCCAGUACCAAGACUCAAACUGCUUUUGUGAAACUGUUGAAUGACUCGAUAAGUUAAGUGAGGCCAUGUCACACAGUGAAAUAAAAGUGCUCUCACAGAAA